GGCAGAGCAAUGUGUAAGCAGGACUCAAAGGAAACAGAGCAAUCACAAUCACUGUAAUCUGUUAACAAAUACCUAAUUCAAGAUGAAACCAGAAAAAUAUGAAGCCCAUAGCUCAUUGACUGAUCUAAGCUGUGAGGUGAAAGAAGCAAACAAAGAUCGCAGGGAGCAUUAUUCUGCAGAAUGGCUGGAUACAUCCGUUUUCACCAGACCAGAGGAGAGAUGCACUGCCCGUGAUGCUAAUGUCCAGAGGAAGGAAAGCUUCUCACAACAGGGUCAGACACAUUUCCUGGUCCAGCGUUCUCCAGCCCAGAUCAUGAAAAUGGGCCGCCUAGGUCACCACUUUACCCAGUACCAGUUGCCAUUUCAGCAAAUGCUGCCCUUGCCCAUCUUCAAGCCAGCUGAUCUCACCUUCAAGAUGGACCGCAUGGGAACACCACCUCAGCUGCGCAGCAUGAUUGAAUUUGAGAGGGCUCUCUCAAACCCUGGAAGCGAUGGUAUAUGCCAGAACAAAACCCCAGUAUCACAGAUCACCAAAGAGCUUCCUCCACUGAUGCAGCCAGCACGCAUGGAGUUUGCCAAGCCUGGACUGGCAGAGUCUUUCUGCAGGUCUGUGUCACAGGAGGCUCAAAGAGGUUAGAGCUAUGAUGGAAUGUGACGGCAAAGUUACCAGCUCACCUACUGAAUGUUUUUUUCCUAGAAAGGCCGAAUUAGAAUGCAGUGUGUCUGCAUAUUGUUUGCACUAGUAUGUUACUGAGGUGAUGCCAAACAGCCAUGCAUCCAUUAGUAAAUUAAUGGAAAGUGUAACUGAAAAG